GAGGGAGACGCUGAGAGCGAGGCGCAGUGAGAGGGGGCGGGUGUAGAGGCCGAGGCACCGCCCAGAGCUCCCUGAGACGGAGACUGAGAACGCCCCCGGCCAGAUCCCCCCCAGAGAGACCCGGGUAGGGACAGGGGCAGAGAGACGCCUCCAGGGGCAGAGGCCCUGGGAGGCAAAGACCCCAGGAGAGAUUUACCCACCCCAGAUCGAGAGCGCGGCUCAGAGUCGGACGAGGGCAGACUGGCAGAGGACAACGCCCCCCAGGUCUCCUGGGAGACCCCGGAGCGACCCCGGGGGCAGCCCGGGCCGUGUCCGGGCGAGGGUGACCUAUCCUUGGUUGGGGGCGAUGGGGACACAGGACCUGCAGGGCUUCCUCUUUCUCCUCUUCCUCCCGCUGCUGCAGCCGCGUGGGGCCUCGGCUGGGAGCCUGCACAGUCCAGACCUGGGUUUGCUAUUCUUGGGGUGGUGGGACCCCCACCACCUCCCUCCUACCCGCAGUAACCCAGACGGUGACGUGCAGCCGUGGUGCUACGUGGCUGAGACAGAGGAGGGCAUCUACUGGCGCUAUUGCGACAUCCCCACCUGUCACAUGCCAGGCUACCUGGGAUGCUUUGUGGACUCAGGGGCACCCCCAGCACUCAGCGGCCCCAGCGGCACCUCCACGAAGCUCACGGUCCAGGUGUGCCUUCGCUUCUGCCGCAUGAAGGGGUACCAGCUGGCCGGCGUGGAGGCCGGUUACGCCUGCUUCUGUGGCUCUGAAAGCGACCUGGCCCGGGGACGCCUGGCCCCCGCCACCGACUGUGAUCAGAUCUGUUUCGGCCACCCCGGACAGCUGUGUGGCGGAGAUGGGCGGCUGGGCGUCUAUGAAGUGUCCGUGGGCUCCUGCCAGGGGAACUGGACGGCGCCUCAGGGCGUCAUCUACUCCCCGGACUUCCCGGACGAGUACGGGCCGGACCGGAACUGCAGCUGGGCCCUGGGCCCGCCGGGCGCCGCGCUGGAGCUCACCUUCCGCCUCUUCGAGCUGGCCGACCCGCGCGACCGGCUGGAGCCUGUCUCUUAUACACAUCUAGAUGUGACGCUGCAGCGGGAUUGGUCGGGCUCGGCUGAUGUCUGCUCCCUCUCUAGGAGCUGUCUGCUGGCUCCGGGAAAAGGGUCCCCGGCGCUGGGGCCUUCCAGGGGCCCCAGGAGAAGCUGGGCUGUGUGGUACCGACAGCCCCGAGGGGUGCCCCUGCCCUGCUCCCCCGGGGACCCCCAGGUUGAGGGUUCUGCUGCGGGCUACCGGCCUCUGAGUGCCUCCAGCCAGAGCUCCCUGCGCUCGCUCAUCUCCGCUCUCUGACUCUGGACCCCCAGGGUCCGCUGGACUCGCCACCAGCGAGAUACUGAGAUGCUGUGCUGCGCCGCGCCCUACCUCGGCCUUGCGCCUGUUUAGGGGCAGCUCGGCCUCUGGUCAUCUUGGGGAGACCAGAAGUCGGACAGGAAACAUCUGGUGCUAUUAUCUGGGACUUGCCCUUACCGUGGGGGUCCAGAUGGUCCAGACCAAAGGGCAAGAGAAAUCCAGUCCCCUCUCCAUGGACCUUUAUGUGGGGGUGGUCUCUGGUUUUAGAGGUCUUUGAACCCCUCUGGGGGUGAUCUUAGACUGCUGUCCUCAGUGAGAGGUCACAGGUCAAUAAAAAUGGUCAAAAAGACCCCCACAGACUUUGAAUAAAGGAUCUACUUUGG